GGAAGUCACCAUCAUGAUAAAAUCACAUCCGUCUGCGUCGAACUAAAGAUGGCCGAGCCAAUGAAAUUUAAUAUAUGAAUUCGCCACUGCAGCCUUGGACAAUAUCAACUCUGCCUUGUUAUCUAAAACAGCGGCCAGUGUUGUGAAUGACCGAUCGUCAUUCUAUAGAUUUCAGAUACUCAUCAGCAUUAUUUUAAGUGGAUAUACAUAUUAGUAAUAUAAAAGUAUAAUUUUGCAUUACAUAAACUUUAGUGCUGGUUAUGACAUUGGUGAUUAAUCAUGAAUUUCCAAUGUGUUCGUGUACUAACGAUUUCGCUCAGAAGGGACUUGAGGCUUCUGUCAAGCAAAGGUGGAUUCAAUAAUGAUAAUUUUCGUGAAAUAUUGAAGAAAAACCUGCCCAUUUCUCAGAACGGAAAUUUUUUGAAAUUCAGUGACUGUCCUUCUAAGUGUUGGCAAUGUGAUUUUCCUCAUAAAUCUGAACUCUUUUGCACAAAAUGUAAAGCACUGCAAAAACUUCCAAAGGAUAUAGAUUAUUUUGAUAUUAUUGGAGUUGAAAAAACGUUUGACGUCGUUGUGGAAGAUAUUCAGAAAAAAUACAGACAGUUGCAGACUCUUUUACAUCCAGACAAAUUUGGACAAAAGUCUGAUAAAGAAAAAGAAAUUUCUGAAAAUCUGUCUUCUCUAGUCAAUAAAGCGUACAAUACUCUACUUCAUCCCUUAGACAGAGGUUUAUAUAUGCUCAAAUUGCACAAUGUGUCCAUACCGGAAGGAACAACAAGUUUGGAUCCAGAAUUUUUAAUGGAAGUUAUGGAAAUAAAUGAAGAAGUAGAAGAAGCUUUCGAAAGUAAAGAAAAAGCACUGAUGCUUUUACAAAAAAACCGAGAAACAUUAGCUGUCUUGACUAAGCAAAUAUCAACUGCCUUCUCUAAUAACGAUAUUGAUCAAGCCAAGAAGCUGUUGAUAAGAAUGAAAUAUUAUACGAGCAUUGAUAACAGAUUAAAAAAGUUGAAACAAGAUUUAGGUAUAGUAGAAUGAGUUAAAAUUGUUGCAGAUGAAAAAUUGUAAAUAUGUAUGAUAGAACUUUGUUAAUUUAACAACUUGUGAUAAUAAGAAGGCACGUUUUCAUAUAGUUUA